AUGGGAAAAUCUCACUCAAAACGAUCUCCAAUCUCCUCUCCAUCACACACUAAUGGUUCUUUUACAACGACAAAGAAACAAACAUCCCCAUCGUUGAUAUCAACCAAUUCUCGCUCAAAUAGCUUUCUUAAUAAAAGAAUUUCAUCAUUUUCAUCAUUUUCCAUGAAAUCGUCACCAUGUCCACCAUCGGGUAGCAUAUCAACCGCACCAAAUACGCCCGGUACUUUACGUAGUGUAUUUAUAGACUCUUCGGAUUAUUAUAAUAAUAAUGAUUUAUGUAUUCAUGACGUUCAAUUAUCAGAAUCCCCUUCAUCAGAAUAUAAGUACAUCAAUGGUAGACGUUUUCAUAAUAUUGAUUCGGUAAAGUAUUCCUUACCAAAUGAUGAUGCCGAAAUGGAUAGAUUAAAAUUGCAACAUUAUUUAUUCCGUUAUAUCUUUCAAGGCAAUUUUUCUUCUCCUGUUGAAGAAAUAUUGAAGAUUGGUGGUACUGAAGUAUUAGAUUUAGGAUGUGGACCUGGAACUUGGUUAUUUGAAAUGGGUGAUAAUUUUCCAAAAUCGAACUUUACCGGCGUCGAUUUAACAAAUACCUUGUCAGGAAAUGAUUCUUUUCAAUUUCAAAAUGUUACAUUUGUUAAAGGAAAUGUGUUGGACGGUUUGCCUUUUAAAGACUCUACAUUUGAUUAUGUAUUUAUCAGAUAUUUAAGUUUUGGUUUCACUGAACAGGAUUGGAAAUAUGUCAUAAAUGAGAUUAUUAGGAUCACCAAACCUGGAGGUUGGUUUGAGUUUAUGGAACCAGAAUUUAAAUUACGUAACAAUGGUCCCAUAUCCGAAUAUUUGAAUGAUGCAAUGAUAAAAUAUCUUGACUCACGAAACAUAUGUACUAACAUAACAACAAAGCUGGAACAAUUUUUAAUGGACACUAAACAAGCUAAUAAAUUAUUUCAUGAUGAAAAACCUUCCAAUUUUGGUUCAUGUAAUGGACGAUUCGGGGAAUUGGCUUGCAAUGACUUUAUUAUGAUCAUGCGUACAAUAGAGCCUCGUUUAUUACAAAUUAUUGAGACAAGUAACGAAGAAUUUGAUCAAUUAUUACAAAGUAUACCUGAUGAAAUGAAUCGAUUUAGUCCAUUUUAUAUAUGCCACCGUUAUUGGGCACAAAAAUUAUUUCUUAUGUAA